AGGGGCCAAUGUGUGAGAGAGGGGCCCGGAGGCUCUGCCUGUGCCUGGGCUGCCUAUUGCUGCUUCUGUCCCUGGGGCAGGCUUGGACAUACAGGGAGGAGCUGGAAGCAGACAGGGAGCUGUGUUCCGAGAAUAAAAUCACCACCACCAAGUACCCCUGUCUGAAGACGUCCGGAGAGCUGACUACGUGCUUCAGGAAGAAAUGCUGCAGAGGAUAUAAGUUCGUCCUUGGACAAUGCAUUCCAGAAGAUUAUGACGUGUGCUCCGAGGCCCCGUGUGAGCAGCAGUGUACGGAUAACUUUGGCCGGGUUCUGUGUACGUGUUACCCGGGUUACCAGUAUGAUCGGGAAAGACACCGGAAUAGAGAGAAGCCAUAUUGCCUAGAUAUCGAUGAGUGUGCGCUGAAGAAUGAGACCGUCUGCUCUCACAUCUGCAUCAACACUCCGGGCAGUUACCGGUGCGAGUGCCAUGAAGGUUAUGCCCUUGAAGAGGACGGGAAAACCUGCAUUAAAGGAAGCCAAGGAGAAUUCGAAAAAUCCAACAAUGUGUUGAAACCAGGAAUUUGCUCGGAUACUUGCAAGGAAUUUCACCAAAUAAAACAGACGGUCUUACAGCUGAAGCAGAAGCUGGCCUUGCUACCGAACAGUGUGUCCGAAACCAGCAAACACAUCACAGCUGACAAGGUCUUAGCCUCCACCAUGUAUGUUCAAGGACCUCCUGGUUUACCAGGAACACAAGGACCCCAAGGAUUACCUGGUCCCAAAGGAAGUGCCGGACAGCCCGGUCUCCCCGGAUCUCCUGGACCACCAGGCCCCCGAGGAUUCAUGGGACCAGUGGGUCCAUCUCCUGAGAUAUCUUAUAUUAAACAAGGAAAGAGAGGCCCUGUGGGCCCACCCGGAGCUGCAGGGAAGGAUGGACUGAAGGGUGACAGAGGAGCUCCAGGUCCAAGGGGACUUCCGGGGCCCCCAGGAUCCUUCGACUUCCUGUUGUUAAUGAUGGCAGACAUCCGGAAUGACAUUGCAGAACUUCAGGACAAAGUAUUUGGGCGCAGAUCACAUUCCUCCGCGGAGGAGUUCCCGUUACCUCAGGAGUUCUCUAACCAUCAUGACACAAUGGACUUUGGUUCUGGAGAGGACUACAAACAAAGGACUGUAUCAAAGAACCUACGAACAGAUAAAACAAACCGCCAUUAACCGACAGGAGCUGGGACAAAAAUAACUUUAUAUGUUUUUCCAUUGUAUAAAACGAUGCACUGAUGUAAAGAGUAUCUAUUUUUGACUUUUGAAUUUAUUGUUAAAUAAUAUUAUUAUUAUUAUUAUUAUUUGUAUUAAUGUUUUGCUUCUCAUUUGUACAGUAGCGUAUUCUAAGAGGUAUUCACAGGAGGUAAAUUGGCGGUCUAACUUGUUACAUUCUCAAAUGAUAGAUUUUUACAGUUGGCUUAGAAAAUUUUGGUAAAAUUUUAAGGGAUUUUUUUUAUUCCCCUUAGACAACUUUCAUUAUUAUUUUUUUACAUGCAUCCCUGCAACUUUUACUAAGUACAUUAAUAGUGGGAAACUAGAUGCGUUCCAUGGAUUUUGGAUGUGGCCCAUAAGCCUACAAGGGGACCACACAUUUCCCUUGUAACCAUUAUAUCCCAUCGUAUAAUCAGCAUACGAGUAUGAAGUACUCACAUAGAUUAAUCACUAGCGUAACCUAUGUUUUACUAGUCAAAGGGGUAAGAAGGCAUCCCCAAUACUGGACUAAAAUGCUGCUUCAUAGACUGUGUAACCGCCAUCGGGGAAAUGUAUGAAACCAUAGAGAGAGAGAGUUUACCAAGAGGGAACUAUAAGGACUGGUCAGAAACAUGACUCUGGAUCCUGUUGUCACCAUUAAUCUUGGCAGAGUUGUUUAUCAGCGUUGCCCUUGAACACAGCACAGAUUAACUAUAUGCAUUUAUUGCAAUUGUACCCACCAAUCAGUUCUAUGUCAUAUCAAAGGGAAAGUACAUUUUAAUAAAGGCAUUAGAAAGAAACAGAAACAACCAAAAAAUACAAAAAUGUAUCUAGUCAAAGUUGCAGACUAUCAUGUACAAACUAACAUAGUAAAGUUAUCUCUAGGUGGUAAUUCCCCCCCCCCCUUUAAGAAAAUACAUUAAAAUGAAGUACUUGAUGAAACAGGAGUCUGCAACGUGAACGGAUACAAUCUGGGACCAAAGCAAGAGCGGACUAUGCAAUCAAUAUGGGAUUAUCUUGUCAUUUAUGUACUAGGAUAAGUACAGUGCAAUGGGCUAUUAAACCGUGAACUAUUUUCCACUGGUAUAA